GCCCAUGGGUUGAAGCAAAGGCCCGGAAUUACUGAAGCAAAAAUUCAUGCUUGGGAGACUGCUUCAAGCUAUGGAGUUUAUAAUGGCUUGGCCCUCCUCCUUGUUUCAAUGCACCCGCGCUUCGCCACUCACAGGUUUGCUGGACCGGCUAUUGCUUUAGGAGGACUGGUCUUCUCUGGCAGUAUCAUGGGAUUGGUACUGGCAGGUGAUGGAUUGAAAUUCCUUGGACCUAUUACGCCUUUAGGUGGUGUGGCCAUGAUUGCUGGGUACAUUUCUUUAGCAUUUUAA